AUGCCUUUGCAAAACAACUACUUCGCUACCUGUCUGGGACCAUCAACCUUCACUUGCACUAUGGGAGUGCAAAUGGUAAUCACCAACACUAGCUACAACAGAGCCAAUGUUCCUGAGAUCCAACAAUUCCUUGGGGCCACAUCUUUGACAAACCUGACAUACAAGACAUUUCCUCUGGUGCUGUUCCCAGACUUGAAGGAAGACAAAUCACUCAAGACCGUCUUUGGGAACUGGAAACUGUUAGCACGAAUUCUGAAAGCUUUGUUGUGUGGUGUCACUUCACUCCAUCACACUUCUAGCAGUGGUGGUGCCCAUACAAACUCAAUGAAAUGGAGCAUUCAGCAAGUCUUGCCAGGUUCCAUUGCAUGGGCAGCAGUUAUUGGAAUAUUCUUACUCUCACCUGACACUGAAUUCUCAAGCAGCAGUGUCAGCAAGAGAUCAACCAUUAGCUACAAGGAACUAUUCUUCAACUAUAAGAAAGUCCUAGUGUCAAAAUGGAGCACAAAGUGCAUCAAGGCAAUUGUCACCAAUAUUGAUCACUACAUCUUCAAAGCUGCAUGA